AUGGCUGCGGAGGUGAAAGGUGUGCGAGGCAGUAUGAAGCUGCCGCGAUAUUUGGUAAACCUUGGAGUCAACCCCGCGGCUUUGGCAUAUGCCAUGACCACUUUGGGAGCUGCCAUGAUCAACAACAUCUUUAGCUUCUACUAUGUGAAGCUCUUCAUCAACAAGUACCAGACAUCCGAGGGAGCUUUUCAACAAUCACAAGUGGUGUACAUGCUAUGGAAUGCCAUCAACGAUCCUCUCUUCGGAUACCUGCAGGACAACUCCAAAGUGCCGUGUUGCUCUCAACGCCGUCUCUCAAUCUUGUACGGCGCCCCGCUCUACUCAUUGGCGUUCCUCAUCGCCUGGUUCCCGUGGAGGUCGUACACUCCUGGUGACUGGUUGAGCGGCCUCCACUUGAUGGUUGCGUUGUGCGCCUUCGAUGGCCUGCUCACAUUUGUGUUGCUGGCUCAGUGCGCACUGUUUGCUGAGAUUUCCAGCCACCAUCAGAACAGGCUGAGACUCAUCAAGUAUAGCCAGGUGGCGUCACUGCUCGGCUCUUCAAGCGUUCUUUUUUGUGGCAUGCUGUCCAGAAACAUGGAGGACUUUGCAUCUUUCCAGGCGUUCAACGUGAUGGUGGCCAUCUUGAGCUGCUGCUGCAUGAUAUACACGGGCCUCUACAGCCAGAGCCAGUUCGACGACAAAUCGGCUGAGGAUUCCGUUGAGCCCGCCUCCAGUGAUUCCAAGUUUUCCUUCCCCAUGGUGAAAACGCUAAUGUGGCAAAUCUUCAUCAACAGGGACUUCCGACUUUUUGUCCUCAUGAACUUUUUCCAGGUUUUCAUGCUAGCUUUUUUUAAUAAUUUUACUUUGAUAUUUACCGAGCACCUGAUUCCUCCUGAUGUGCUUUCUUCACUGGCUAGAAGCGUCAUGUAUGGCGCUGGAUUUAUUUGUCCUCAGCUGUUGGUGUUGAGCUGUAACAGACUACUUCACAGCGUCGGUUACUACAGAAUAAUCCUGUACAGCUUCUACCUGGAGGUCUUUAUGGGGGUUUUUAUGCUAGUGCUCGGUCCUCAGAGCUAUCGAAUCCUGGCGUUAUUCCUCACUCUGAGCAUGGUCAUGGUGGCAGCUUCCUUCAGUCUGUUCAGCUUGCCUCUGGCAGAUAUCAUUGACAGUGAUAUGCAGAAAUACAAGCGCAGUUCCCCUAUUUCCUCCAUGGUGUUUGGGACCAACGCCCUGUUCACCAAACCUGCUCAGUCUUUGGCACCAAUGUUGGUGAUUAACAUUCUCAACCAGUUUGGUUAUGAGAAGCUAAAGGACGCUGGAAAGGAUGUAAACGCAAGUGCUCUGGAGAACCUCCACAGUGUCAUGUUCUACUUGGUGUGCGUGCUGCCAAUGUGUGUCGCCGCCAUUCAAGUCCUGGCAUGGAGGCCCUUUUCUAUACGGAGCAGUCACACUGUGGACAGCAAGUAUAUUGACAGCUAG